CUAGAUUUGCGAACGCUGCUCUGCUCUGCCAUAAACAAAAGGUCGGUGCGUCGCUCAGUCGAAUUUGAGUUGUUGUAGCGGAAAAGGCGGAAAAACAGCCUCGACUUUCCCGAUGACGAAUUUAAUGACCUGAAAUAGAAGCAGCGAGGGAAGCAGAAGCAGCAGAAGAAGCAGUGGAAAACCGCCAAUCACUUUCACACAUUGCCUAGAUGAAAAUUGAGACAGCCGACAACAAAGCAACGCCGGCAGCGACGCUGACUGAGGCAGCGACGUCGACGUCCCUGUGGGCGCACUGAUUACAUUUCCAUAAUCAACGAAGUAUCUCCAUAUCGACAUCGACAUCCACAAAGAAGCAGCCGCCGUCGAUGGUUUCAAUGAGCAUCAUCAUCUUCGCAUAAUGGCAGCGGCACCCGAAUCGUGUGGAGCACGCGAUUCCAGCGAACCGGAGACCGAGGGGGCGUUCGAUCCGGAGGAGGCGGUCCGGGGGCGGUCACAGGCGGCCAUGGCGGACUCCCAUUGCCCACUGGAUUCCCUGGAGGUGGAGACGGAGGCGGAAGCGGCGGCGGAGGCCGGGCAAGAUUUAGAUCCAGAUGCAGAUGCAGAUGCUGCCGCUGCUGGAGUUGACCAACAUAGACAAAACGAUGAUCAACUGCAGCUGCAGUCGCUGGAGCCCAUCUCCUUGGAUGACAUACCUGAGCCCAUUAAAGUCCUCGACGAGAUCAUUUCGGAGUUCGAGGAGGCAGCAACGAAACCGGUGGCCUUGCACAGCAACAGUGGCGAGAAUCAGUCGGAGGACGAUGGCUACAUGAGUCUAAGUCGCAAAAACAUGUCCAAAAAGGACUCGGAAGAUGUGCCCCAAACACCCAGCACCGACACGGUGCCCGAGGGAAGUUUCAAUGAGGUGGAUGGCACGGCUGAGAACCUAACCAAGUUAUCUGAGGUGGAACACGGACAGGAAACUACGACGCCCCUCAUCCAGACAACACUGCCAAAGGCACGUGGUUCCAGCUCGACUCCGGCCACCAACUCGAACUACUCGAGUCUGCCGUGCUGCGGGGCCAGGGCCUCCAAUUUGGGCGGCGCUUCCGCUGGCAAUUCCUCGAGUGGAUUGGCAGCCAUCCGGCACCCGGGCAGCUGCAACGGUGGACGCAACGCACUGGGCAUUGACAUCAGCGCCGUGCACAAUGCCGUGCUACGUGGCAAUCUGGCCAAGUUGCCGGAGCCCUUCGUCAACGAACAUCCGGUGACCAUCUACCCGGGCCCAUCCUCCAAGGCGGCCGGGGGUGAGGGUGCCCGGAGCAAGCGACUGCUUAGCUCGGUGGAGAAGCACAAGGAGGUGUGCCACAUGCUCAAUCCGCACUCCAGCAGCUCCACCUCCUCGUCCGGCUCGCAGCACACGUCCAGCGGCGAGGCCUCUCCGGCUGCCUCCCACAUUAAUGUGGCGUCCUCGAAGCAGGCUAGCCGGGAUGAGGACUACUCGGAGGACUCGCUGGAGGAGUCCACCAUUUCCACAGACCUCACGCCCGUCAAGCAGAACGGGGUGGCCUGGGAGAUUCACUUCAAGAGCAAUAAGAAGAAGUCCAAUGGCACCAAGAAGUCCUCUGGUGCAUCCAAAAAGAAGGGCAAUAACUUGGACGACUUCAACAACAGCUUUGUAUACAACGAGCAGAGCAUGCUGGGCAAGGGAACCUUCGUUAUCCGCCGUUCCACAGCCAAAAAACCGCCUCGUGCCGCUGAUGUCUUUUCUAUACCCAAGCCACCGCGACCCUCGUUGGCCGAGAGAUCGGGAUCUGGAUCUGGCUGUAAAGUGGGAGCCGGAGCGAUCAGUAAUGAGUUCUACACCAGCGACAGCGAGCAGAGCGAUGCCACGCCACUGCCUCCACCGCCGCCCUCCUCCUCCGAGAUGAACUUCGUGUACAAGGAGUGCGAGGCCAAUGCGGCGCAGACACGCCGCGGACUGGAGAUGGCCGCCGCUCAUCGGGCAGCUCUAUCGCUGGACAUCGCCGAGGCCCCGGACCAACUGGGCCACUGCAAGCCGAUGAAGAGCAAGACGGCCAUGCUGACCGAGAAGCGGCUGAGCGCCGAGUCCAUGCCGGACAAUACGUCCAGCAGUGAGGAGUUCGAUGAGGCGCGCCUCAACGGAAACGGAAACUACGAGCUGUACGGCUACAACGGAAAUGAACAACGCGUUUCCAAUGCCACUACUCCACACACCGAUCUGGCCCCCACUUUGGAGGAGGACGAAGAGCUGUCCGACUUUAGCUACGGGUGUGCUCCUCUAAUGCAAAUCGAGCAUAACAUCAGCGCUUUGCUGCGUGGCGACAUUCCAAUUGUUGGUCAGCAGGCGGGCUGCAAUGGCAGUGCAGCAGCCAGUUUAGCAGCUGCAACAGCAGCUGAGCUGCAUGCCAAACGGAUACUGGAGUUCCGACCAGGCGUUCACAAGUCCGAGAGUGCCAAGGAGAUGCUGUUGUCGCAGAUGCCCAGCCUGGGCCCGCUGCCCCCAUCGCCGCCCAGCUCCAAUCCGGAUCUAUUCGACUACGAUGCCCCACUGCCGCCAUCUCCGAUUGAGCCACGCAAGCAGCUAGAGCUGCCGGCUGUGGUGGCGGCCAGUGCCCCGCCAGCGAACCGCGGCACUACCGUCGUGGAGGUGCAUGCCACAGCCUCCGGAGCGGCCGUGCACAGCAGCAACAGCCACACGCGCCGCAGUCGCGACAAUGUGGCCGCCGUGCGUCACUUCACCGACGAGCUGCCACCGCCACCGGCGCCUGCCCAUCAAGUGACCAGCUUCCUGGAGGGUCUGCCUGGACCGCCAAUGGUGCCACCACACCGGGCAACCGGAGGCCAUUCGGCCAACACCAUGAAGUCCUGGAGCAUUGACUCGCAGUAUCGCAAGAGAUCGCCCAAACUCUUUGGCCACUACAGCAGCGGAGGCGGCAGUGGAAUAACCACACCCACCGGGCUGGGACCGAUGCCUCCAUUGCCACCGCCCCCGCUCGAUGGAAUGGCUCCGGGCGGAUCCGGAUCCUAUCAACGACGGUACAUCAAUUACGGCACCAAGCGCAGCCUGAAGCAGUCGCCGCGCGAGGAGCACCGUCUGCAAACCUCAUGUAGUCUUCCUGAAACUCCAAUUUUUGCCAGAGGCUGUGACAUACCACGUACGCCAUAUCGACGCCAAAACGAGCCGUUGCCUGUGGUCAGCGGUUCCCGCACAGCUCCCAGGUCCAGCACAUCGAACAGCAUCAACAUGGGCACUUCAAUUAUGGGGAUUGGGGCCGGUAACUAUGGAACGGCCCAAAUUUGCCGCCAGCGCUCGAUCAAUCAUGCCUUGGCAUCCAAUGAGAUGCUACGCAUGACUGGAGCCCCAGCUCGCGGUUGGUAUCCAAAGCAGCGGGGAAUGCGCCCGGUCUCCACCGAGAACAUAGAUCGCCUGGCCUCCGUGCGGGUGUGGGACAAUCCCGCGGGCAUGUCGGGCACCGGUCAAUCUCGAAAGCCAUUAACGCUGCCACCAAAUCUUACGCCUUCCUUCCUAAACAAAUCUCCCCGCGAGGCGCUGCGUCGAGUGACUAGUUUGCUGAUAACCAAAAAGAAGAACAGCAAGGAUCGAAAACAUAAGGCCUAUUGCGAUCAGCUUAUGGAUGAUAACAACAGCAAGCAUGCCUAUGAAUUUGAGACGGGCUCCACCAAGCGGAAGGAUACCACCAGUCGCAAGGAGAAGGACAACGCAGCCUCCGGGGUGACCACCAAUGCCAAGCCCAAGAAGAAGGGCCUCUUCAAGUCCCUUUGGAAGCGCUCGAAAACCACCUCGUUGGAACAGUAGAAAGGUCCUCGCCGGCAAGCCUAAGCACUGCCCCCCAGUUUUAUUUACACCAUAAGCGUAUGAUAGCAUCGAAAAUGAUAAUAACCCUGCACUUACACUCACGUUUAUCGGGUCGCAUGUUGAGAGUUUGUCUUUGCACCCAACCACACCCCCACCCACACUCACCUGCUCAUCCGAUCAGCAAAACUUUCUCACGCUCGUGUUCGUUCACCUUGAAAACAAUUGAAGCAAUUUUGUAUACACAUCGUAUCGUAUAUAUCGGUCAUAUAGUAAUGAGAAAACUGAAGAAUUCAAAUGCACAAAAGCCGUGAAUCGUAAAGACUGAAAAUGAAAAAAGCGUAAAACAAAGAAAAUUUAAGCGAAAACGAAAAUAUUAUGAAAGACAAUGAAAUUAACUAAACAUAUGCAAACAAUAUUCCACUCUCACAAACUAAAGAAAAUGAAAAACGAAAGCAGUUGUAUGGAUCGCACGGCUAUAUUAUAUGUACUCGUUUAUGUAUGUAUGUGCAGUAUCCCCCGACCUUGAACUUGCCAAAAAAAAAACGAGAUUAUCGCAAUUAUUCUAUGGCCGUACAACCGAAACCUAACCAAAUGCACGCAACAUGGGCGCAGCAAGAAAUUUACAACUUAUACAAGCACUGAAUUUAUAUAAACGUAUAUAGAUAUGAGCGCUAUAUAUAUAGUUUGGACUAUAACUGAACCGUUUAGGGUUCUAGGCAACAUUUCUUACUUUACGGCGGUGUUUAAUUCUUUAGGUACUUUUGUGUAGCUGAGAAAUAAGUUUGGGUUCGAUGACUAUUUUCUACUUUUCUUGAGUUGGUCAAGGGACUUAAAACGAACUGGGAAUACGGAAAAAGUGCAAUUGGAAACGAGGUAUUGUUUGAUUUGAGAAAGUAUCUCAUGGAUUCCAAUCCUUGGCUUUGCCCAAGAAGCCAUCCCCAAAAAACUCGAAUAAAACCCCAGUCGCAAUAAUAUACAAGAAUAUAAAAUCUCAUAAUACGAGUUACAUUUCCAAAAAACUGAAAAAGAAUGAAGUUAAGCCCUCCACGUUUAAAAAAAAGAAGAAUUUUGAUAAUAACCAGUUUGAAAUUGAUUUAAUCCAUAUAAUCUUAAAACGCAAAAUUAAUGCUCAAUACGAUUUUACCAGAGAAAGCAUUUCUCAAAUUUUGAGCGCGAAGGAAGUUAGGUAGUUGGAGAAAGAAAACUGCAAUAUGAAACAACAAAACUGUAAACGUUUACUAGUCAUUAAAUAUUAAAAAAUAAACAACAGAAAAGGAUAUAUGGAAGAUAACAUAUUUUUUAUUAACACUCACUGAGAAGCCAAGAAUGAAGAUUUGGCAGCAUUUUAUGAGCAGGAGCUGGCCCCCAAGAGCAAGUUGAAAGUAUUAUUAACGAUUUAUAUUAUAUGCUAUAGCAAGUUGGUAUUUAUUAUAAUUAAUGACAUAUGUACAAUUAUUUGAAUUAACAUUAUUGAAUAUAUUUUUUAGAAAAGUAGCAUGAAACGAAAUAAAAUUAUUAAAACAGAAAUAA